AUGGACGAAGAAACAAUGGAAGACGUAUCUGGCAUGCCGACGCGUGCGCAAUGGAAAACUCUCAUGGACAGCUAUCUCGAGAGUCUGCAUCCUUCUAAACGUCAUAAGUCCCUCAUCUCUCAGGAGGUAUAUGAUAUGAUUUUUCGUACACUCAGGAAUCCUGACGCCACUCGACUGGGGACUCCUCAAUUUCGUUUUUGGGCUCGUAAGAUGUUUCAAUUAGUUGAGGCUCCAAAUGAUCCGGAUGUGCUUGUUGUAACAAACGGAGGUCGUCCAGUUGCUAUAAAAGAGCACAUUUACGAUAUUCUUUGCAUGUGUCAUUACGAAUGCGGUCACGGAGGACGUGAUAAGACGUGCAAAGUUCUUCGCGAGUACUACACCUGGGUUCCCAAGGAGCUUAUCUCGAACUUUGUCAAGGUAUGCCCUACAUGUGAGCCUAGGAGAGCUAUGGCGCUUAAGGCGAAGGAUCGCAAGUUCACAAGCGAUAUCGGACUAACGGGCCAAGAGGAAUCGUCAACAAGCUCAUCGCGCUUCUCUGUUGAACGUCUU